AUGUCUUCCCAAAACCGUGCCAGAAAACCUGAAAUGGCCCCGAUCGCCUGGGUGUUCAUUGCAAUCUUCUCAAGCGUUCUGAUCAUCGUUGCUCUCGUAUAUCUCUACGGCCUGAGAUUGAGACAUGAUAAGAAGAAGGCUCAACGGAGAGCCGAGAACGACGAAGUCUUUGGGAGUAUCACAGCAAAUACAAUCAGCGCAAGAAAAAGUUUCGAUCAUCAUCAACAUGCUUGA